GUAUGCAGGUGCUGGAAUGGAAUGGCAUCCCCUUGACUGGGAAGACUUAUGAAGAAGUCCAGAGCAUUAUUAUUCAACAGAGUGGGGAAGCAGAAAUAUGUGUAAGACUGGACCUGAACAUGCUCUCAGACUCUGAGAAUCCCCAGCACCUGGAGCUGCACGAGCCAAUAAGGGCAGUAGAUAAAGCGAAGUCCCCAGGGGUUGAUCCCAAGCAGCUGGCUGCAGAACUCCAAAAGGUUUCUCUACAGCAGUCGCCCUUGGUUGCUUCCUCAGGAGUGGAAAAAGGAUCUCAUGUUCAUUCUGGAACCACUUCUGCCACUUCCAGCGCUGUUCCCAGCCCUGGUCAGCCUGGUUCUCCUUCAGUGAGCAAAAAACGGCAUAGCAGCAAGCCCACUGAAACUACGAAGUCUGCUUCCCAUCCAAUCACUGGAGACAUUCAGCUUCAAAUCAGCUAUGACAAACACCUUGGCAACCUUAUCAUUCACAUCCUUCAGGCAAGAAACCUUGUUCCCAGAGACAACAACGGCUAUUCUGACCCCUUUGUUAAAGUUUAUCUUCUUCCAGGGAGAGGACAAGUCAUGGUUGUCCAAAAUGCAAGUGCUGAAUACAAGCGGAGAACUAAAUACGUACAGAAGAGCUUGAAUCCUGAGUGGAAUCAGACAGUCAUUUAUAAAAAUAUCUCCAUGGAGCAGCUGAAAAAGAAAACACUGGAAGUGACAGUCUGGGAUUAUGAUAGAUUUUCCUCGAAUGACUUCCUCGGUGAAGUAUUGAUCGAGUUAUCCAGCAUCUCUCAACUUGACAACACUCCUCGGUGGUAUGCUUUGAAAGAACAGAGUGAAAACAUUGAUCAUGGGAAAUCUCAUUCUGGACAGAGUAGCCAGCAAUCUCCAAAACCAUCUGUCAUCAAGAGCAGAAGUCAUGGAAUUUUCCCAGACCCCUCCAAGGACAUGCAGGUGCCUACCAUUGAGAAAUCACACAGCAGUCCAGGGAGCUCCAAAUCUUCCUCUGAAGGACAUCUACGCUCUCACGGUCCAUCUCGCAGCCAAAGCAAAACCAGCGUCACUCAAACUCACCUUGAAGACGCUGGGGCAGCCAUCGCUGCUGCCGAAGCAGCUGUCCAACAGCUUCGCCUUCAACCAAGUAAAAGACGCAAAUAAAUUCCUCAGCAUGGCAGCUUAACGUUCAUCUGUUGCCUUUUUCCCUGCUGUCCUUCCCUUUUUGGCUACUUUUUUUCUGUUCUUGGCACACUGUGCUCACUCUGUUCAAUGUCUGUCUUUGUGUGCCUGUGUGUGAAUACAUAUAAUUACAAUAUACUCUUGUAUUU